CGCUGUGCGGAGCGGGCACGCGCGGACCUUGCACCGGCCGCGGAGCCGCUAUGGGCCCGCCAGGACCCUGGCGUGGCGCGGCGCACGGACCGGCUCCGAGUCAGGAUUGAAACUCCGAGAUGGAUGAUCAGGAUCCUGGGGGCAUUAGCCCCUUUCAGCAAAUGGUGGCCUCAGGAGCUGGGGCUGUGGUCACCUCCCUCUUCAUGACACCCCUGGAUGUGGUGAAGGUCCGCCUUCAGUCUCAAAGACCCUCGGCAGCCAGCGAAUUGACAACUCCCUCCAGAUUCUGGAGUCUGUCCUACACCAAAUCAUCCUCUGCUCUACAGUCCCCAGGGAAGUGCCUCCUAUACUGCAAUGGAGUCCUGGAGCCCCUGUACCUGUGCCCAAAUGGUACCCGCUGUGCCACCUGGUUUCAGGACCCUACACGCUUCACUGGCACCUUGGUGGCUGCCACCCUUACCCUACCCUUCGAUGUGGUGAAGACACAGCGGCAGAUGUCACUGGGAGCGGUGGAGGCUGUGAGAGUGAAGCCACCCAGAGUUGACUCCACCUGGCUCCUGCUUCGCAGAAUCCGGGCUGAAUCUGGCACCAGGGGACUCUUUGCAGGCUUCCUCCCCAGGAUCAUCAAGGCUGCACCCUCCUGUGCCAUCAUGAUCAGCACUUAUGAGUUUGGCAAAAGCUUCUUCCAGAGGCUCAACCAGGAGCAGCCUCUGGGCCACUGAAAGUCGGGAGCAACCGGCUCUUGCACGGGUGGGAACAGGAGACUGAGCCAAGUGCCUUCCCUCCCAGUCCAGUCACCCAGGCUGUCCUCAGGCCUGAAUUCCUGCUGUUCCCCCUCCCAGGAUUGCCCUUCUCCCGCCUCCGAGUUCAAGACCAAAUCUGAUGAUCUCCCUU